UUUUCCAUAGAGUGGAAGAGGAGGACCCUGCUGCAUUUGUUGGACUAGUAUUGGCCCCUCUCUCCUUCGACCAUUCUUUUUCCGCCAUUAAAAGAUUUGCCCAUAUAUCUCUAGAAUCACCUUUUCUAGGGUUCCCCUUUUCCUACACAACUCGCAUAUUCUUUAGUUUUCGCUCUUCUUUUUAAUCCCUCUCUUCAUCAACUCAGACUCCAGUCGCUGCAUCAUUGUUAACCUCGGGUUUGUCCCUCCUCCUGACAUCACGACUAGUUGUUGAGACUUCUGAGUUUGGAGGUGCAAUAUGAUCUGGAUAGGGGUCUCUUAGUUCCGAACCAUGAAGCUCUAGGUGGACUAUUUUAUUUAAAAUAAAAAAAUUGUGGCUUAUUUAAUUCUUUUGGGAUUUCUGUGAUGGAUGACGGUGAGCUGGAAUUUUCUAAUCAAGAAAUGUUGUCAAGUUCAAAUUUUGGUGAAUUUCCAGACAGUGGUUCAAUGGACAGUUUCUUCAAUGAAAUUCUCAAGGAUACACAUGCUUGCACUCAUACGCACACCUGCAAUCCACCUGGCCCUGAUAACACCCACACACAUACAUGUUAUCAUGUUCAUACCAAAAUUGUCCCUCCCCUGAGUGAGGAUAAGACAGCCAGUGAUGAUACUGCUGAAUCCGCAGAGGGAAAAAGAAAGAAACGGCCUUUGGGUAAUAGAGAAGCGGUUCGUAAGUACCGUGAGAAGAAGAAGGCUCGAGCUGCCUCAUUAGAAGAUGAAGUUGUCAGAUUAAGGGCUAUAAAUCAGCAACUCAUGAAAAGGCUGCAGGGUCAGGCUGUGUUGGAAUCUGAGAUUGCAAGGCUCAAGUGCUUGCUUGUGGAUAUCCGUGGAAGGAUUGAAGGUGAAAUUGGAUCUUUUCCAUACCAGAAGCCUAUGAAGAGUGGGGAUGUUUAUCAGAACCUUGUUAAUCCUAAUCUCCCUGGAGCAUAUGUGAUGAACCCUUGCAACUUGCAAUGUGAUGAUCGGGUUUACUGCCUCCACCCUGGAUCAGAAGGUAAAAGCUUGGAUGACACAGCAUUAGAUGGACAAGGCUUCGAUAACUGUGAAUUUGAGACUCUCCAAUGUUUGGGUAAUCAGACCUCUGAACUGAAGGAGGGUUCUGGCUGUGCAUUGGGUAAUGGGGCUCCUACUGGAAACCCUUCUGGUGGGAGUAAAAGAAAAGGGACUCGAGCUGCAAUAGCAAGUUGAUGAACUGCUUAGACAGAGGCAUCUUCGUUUUUUGCGAAUAAGUACAUUGUGUUAUGUUACUUCUCCCCUUUUUGGGGUUUCUUUCCAGCAUCUUAUCUUCAUCAUGUUCAACUUUAUAAAGAUUUUCUUUUUCUGGCUCCUCAGCGGGCAGUCUAGUAGGUGUGUAAAUUUCAGUCAUCUAUCUUGAGUGUGGGGUAAAGCAGGACAAUUGAAUGCAUGUAGCUAGAGGAACCCGUAAGGAGGAGACAAUAUAUUGGUCUUCUGUAAAGAUCUUUACGCUUUGUUUCUCAGUCUAGUAUUGUUCUAUUAUUUUGGCGUG